GACCGGCCGCCAUUUUGUCGGUGCCGGAUCCCCAGCACUGCCCGGAGCUGCGCUUGCGGCCGGGGUCGCCCGUGCCCGCUCGUUCGCCAGGGCAGCUCCGCCCGUGCCCUCCCGCUCCCCUCGGCAUGUGAGCGCCCCGGCACCGCUGCUCUCACCCGGCUCGAGCGGCAGCAGCACCGCGGCGGCCCCCCCGGCCGGGCCCGGCCCCUCAGCCCGGCGCAGGCCCCGCCGCCGCCGCCAUGGCGCUGAAGAUGGUGAAGGGCAGCAUCGACCGUAUGUUUGACAAGAACCUGCAGGACCUGGUGCGCGGGAUCCGCAAUCACAAGGAGGAUGAGGCAAAAUACAUCUCACAGUGCAUCGAUGAGAUCAAGCAGGAGCUGAAGCAGGACAACAUCGCAGUGAAGGCAAACGCAGUGUGCAAACUGACCUACUUACAGAUGCUGGGCUAUGACAUCAGUUGGGCUGCUUUCAACAUUAUUGAAGUUAUGAGUGCUUCCAAGUUUACGUUCAAGCGCAUUGGGUACCUGGCUGCCUCCCAGUGCUUUCAUGAAGGGACUGAUGUCAUUAUGUUGACAACUAAUCAGAUCCGAAAGGAUCUGAGUAGCCCUAACCAGUAUGAUACUGGAGUUGCACUGACUGGCUUGUCCUGUUUUGUCACUCCAGAUCUUGCCAGGGACUUGGCAAAUGACAUCAUGACGUUGAUGUCUCACACAAAGCCUUACAUCAGGAAGAAGGCAGUGUUAAUCAUGUACAAAGUUUUUUUGAAGUACCCAGAGUCCCUCCGUCCUGCAUUUCCUCGCCUUAAAGAGAAACUUGAAGACCCAGAUCCCGGUGUGCAGUCUGCUGCAGUCAAUGUUAUUUGUGAGCUGGCUCGACGCAAUCCCAAAAAUUACCUGUCCCUUGCUCCGCUCUUCUUCAAGUUGAUGACGUCCUCAACCAAUAAUUGGGUUCUCAUUAAAAUUAUAAAACUGUUUGGUGCUCUUACUCCAUUAGAACCAAGGCUGGGAAAGAAACUGAUUGAGCCCCUGACCAACCUCAUCCACAGCACCUCAGCCAUGUCUCUCUUAUAUGAAUGUGUGAACACAGUAAUAGCAGUUCUGAUCUCUCUGUCCUCGGGGAUGCCCAACCACAGCGCCAGCAUCCAGCUUUGUGUGCAGAAGUUGAGGAUAUUGAUAGAAGAUUCUGACCAGAACUUGAAGUACCUGGGACUGUUAGCUAUGUCCAAAAUCCUGAAAACGCACCCCAAGUCAGUUCAGUCUCACAAGGAUCUCAUUCUCCAAUGUUUGGAUGAUAAAGAUGAGUCCAUCCGACUCCGAGCUUUAGAUCUCCUCUAUGGCAUGGUCUCCAAGAAGAACUUGAUGGAGAUUGUGAAGAAACUGAUGAUUCACGUGGAUAAAGCCGAAGGGACGACGUACCGAGACGAGCUGCUGACCAAAAUCAUAGACAUCUGCAGCCAGUCCAAUUACCAAUACAUCACAAACUUUGAAUGGUACAUCAGCAUCCUGGUGGAGCUGACCCGGCUGGAGGGCACGAGGCACGGGCACCUGAUCGCAGCGCAGAUGUUGGAUGUGGCCAUCAGGGUGAAAGCCAUCCGCAGGUUUGCAGUGUCCCAGAUGGCCAUGCUGCUGGACAACGCCCACCUGAUCGCCAGCAACACCCAGAGGAACGGCAUCUGUGAGGUGCUCUAUGCUGCUGCCUGGAUCUGCGGGGAGUUCUCCGAACACCUUGAGGAAGCAAACCAAACCCUGGAAGCAAUGCUGAGGCCCAAAGUGACAACCCUGCCAGGCCACAUCCAGGCUGUUUAUGUGCAGAACAUGGUGAAGCUCUAUGCAUCCAUCCUGCAGCAGAAGGAGCAGGCUGGGGAGAAGGAAGCAGCUCAGGAAAUUACCCAGCUGAUGAUCGAGCGCCUGCCUCAGUUUGUGCAGAGUGCAGAUCUGGAGGUUCAGGAGAGGGCUUCUUGCAUCUUGCAGCUUAUAAAAUACAUUCAGAAGCUACAAAUAAAAGAAGUUCCUGUAGCUGAGGAAGUAAUAGCCCUGUUUGCUGGUGAGCUGAACCCUGUGGCUCCUAAAGCACAGAAGAAAGUGCCUGUUCCAGAGGGCCUGGACCUCGAUGCCUGGAUCAAUGAGCCUCCAUCAGACAGCGAGUCUGAAGAUGAAAAGCCCAAAACAAUAUUUCAUGAGGAGGAACAAAGGCAUUCCAGACACAGACAGCCAGAAAUAGAUGAAGAGGAACUGGCCAGACGUCGAGAAGCCCGGAAACAAGAACAGGCAAACAACCCAUUUUAUAUUAAAAGUUCUCCUUCCCCUCAGAAGCGAUACCAAGACACUCCAGGGGUGGAACAUAUUCCUGUGGUCCAGAUCGACCUUUCUGUCCCAUUAAAAGUUCCAGGAAUGCCCAUGUCAGACCAGUACGUGAAACUGGAAGAAGAGCGAAGGCAUAAACAGAAACUGGAGAAAGACAAGAAGAAGAAAAAACAGAAAAAGGAGAAGAGAGGGAAACACCAUCGCCACAACUCCCUGCACACAGAGAGUGAGGAGGACAUUGCCCCAGCUCACCACGUGGACAUCAUCACAGAGGAGAUGCCAGAGAAUGCUUUGCCCAGUGAUGAAGAUGACAAAGAUCCCAAUGACCCCUAUAAGGCACUUGACAUAGAUCUGGAUAAACCCUUAGCAGACAGUGAGAAGCUGCCAGUGCAGAGACACAGGAAUGUUGAGACCCUGAAGUCACCAGACUCAGAAGCUCCCCUAGUAGAGAAGAAGAGCAAACCCAAAAAGAAGGAAAAGAAACAUAAAGAUAAAGAGAGAGAUAAAGGAAAGAAGAAAGAGAAAAAGGUGGUGGAGGAGGAGGAGGAAGAAGAAAAAAAGGGGGAGGACUUGGAUUUCUGGCUCUCCACUGCUGCACCAGCUGCUCCCGUGCCCCAGCCACAGAGCGAGCCUGCAAUGGGCACUGCUGUGGUGGCUGAAUCCCAAGAGGUAAAAAAAGAACAAAGGGAAGAGCAAGAUGAAGAAGAGGAGGAUGAAGGAAAGAAGUCCUCCAAGCAUAAGAAGAAAAAGCACAAGAAAGAGAAAGAAGAGAAAUCAAAGGAUAAAAAGAAAUCCAAAAAGAAGAGUCAUCACAGUGAGGAGGAGCCCCCAGAGUCGGUGCAGAACGGGACACUAGAGGGACCACUACCACCCAUGUCCAGUUACCGCCUCUUGCUGAGAAACCCUUAUGUUAAAAAUGGUGAGUUUGGGUCUUGUACCUAUGAUAUUCAAGGAAACCUCCAGAAUGACAGCCAAGUUACUGUGUCUGUUAUCUUUGAGAACAAAAGCACUAGCUUCCUUAAGAGCAUGGAACUGAAUGUCCUGGACUCUCUCAACACUAAAAUGCUCCGACCAGAAGGAUCCUCAGUACACGAUGGGAUACCUGUGCCCUUCCAGCUCCCCCCUGGAAUCUCUAAUGAAGCCCAGUUUGUGUUUACACUUCAGAGUAUUGUUAUGGCUCAGAAGUUAAAAGGAACACUGUCCUUUAUAGUCAAAAAUGAUGAAGGUUCAACCCAUGAAAAACUAGAUUUCAAAUUGCACUUCAGUUGUGCUUCAUACUUGAUCACGACGCCUUGCUACAGUGAUGCUUUUGCCAAGCUCCUAGAGUCUGGAGAUCUGCACAUGAGUUCUAUUAAAGUAGAUGGAAUUAGCAUUUCUUUCCAACAUCUGCUGGCAAAGAUCUGUUUUCAUCAUCAUUUUUCAGUUGUGGAACGCGUUGAUUCGUGUGCAUCCAUGUACAGCCGUUCUAUCCAAGGCCAUCACAUCUGCCUACUGGUAAAAAAGGGAGAGAACUCUGUAUCCAUAGAUGGGAAAUGUAAUGAUUCUACCCUGCUUAGCAACUUGUUGGAUGAGAUGAAAGAGACAUUGUCCAAGUGCUGAAUACUCCUUAUAAAAUAUU